GGCGUUUUAGGCUCCGAAGUCUGAAGCUGGGAGGGCAGGCAAGGGAGCAGCGUUGAGGCAAAAAAAAAAGCCCUUGUGGAUAGUGCCUUAGUGCCUUUGGUCGUGAAGGAGGGAGGACACCGGCGGGUUUAUGUGGCUUCUGCCCGAGACGGCCGUUUCUCCCGUUAUAAGCGGGGGAAGAUGAAAAUGGCCGCUGCGUCCCCGCGCUGUUGGGGGAGGGGAGUGGUAUCUUUCGCCGUUGCUCUCCUGCGAAGGUCCGCCGCAGCCAUCUUGGACUGGCGGGCUGGGCGCGCUGCCAGAGGCACAAAAUGGCGGAGGAGCCGCGCGGCUACUCGGGCCCGACCCGCUGCGAGCCGCGCCUCGCAAGGCCGCGUGGUGGGGUGAGAGGAGGCAGACGGCAUUCCUUGGGGUCUUUGGCCAGGUGUUGAGGUUAACGAAGGGCCGUCUUUGCCUCCCCGGAAAGGACGGAGUCUGGUUAAUGUUGAAGAAGGAAAAUGCGGAAGUCGUCAUUUGACAAGUUUUAUAAAUGAGUAUUUGAAGCUCAGGAAUAAGUGAAGCUGAAAUUUGAAAAAAUAAAAGAAAGAAUGCAUGCUAAUUAUCAGACCAGAAGUCCCACUUGUAGAAUAUUGAGCAAUUUGUGUGAAGUGGGGAAGAUGAAAGAAGUCAGAAUUUGAAACGGAAGAAUGAAGAAAAGAAAUAAAAAUGAAGUUAAGAUAAGAAGUAAUCUGGAAUCAGAAAGCACUACGCUAACUGAGUAGAAGAGUCAAGUGAUUGGUGUAAUGUUACUCUCAGCUGGAUGAGACAAGUACACACAUACCAAAAUAAUACCCAGUAGUAGCCAGCCAGCAGUUUUCCACCCAAUCGAGAAUGCCAGGGGUAUCAUCUUCACGCAUUUUUUUCCUGAAAUAAACUUUCUCUGAGAGUUGUCAGGUCUUCAUGCCUUUGGAGAAAGUGAUGAAUCCCGUUCUGCUUCCAGAAGUGGAAGUGCUCACGGAUCGGGGAAAUCUGCAAGGCAUACCCCUGCAAGGUCUCGCUCCAAGGAAGAUUCCAGGCGUUCCAGAUCAAAGUCCAGGUCCAGAUCUGAAUCUAGGUCUAGGUCCAGAAGAAGUUCCCGAAGGCAUUAUACCCGGUCACGGUCUCGCUCCCGCUCCCAUAGACGAUCGCGUAGCAGGUCUUACAGUCGAGAUUAUCGCAGACGGCACAGCCACAGUCAUUCUCCCAUGUCUACUCGCAGGCGUCAUGUUGGGAAUCGGGCAAAUCCUGAUCCUAACUGUUGUCUUGGAGUAUUUGGGUUGAGCUUGUAUACCACAGAAAGAGAUCUAAGAGAAGUGUUCUCUAAAUAUGGUCCCAUUGCUGAUGUGUCUAUUGUAUAUGACCAGCAGUCUAGGCGUUCAAGAGGAUUUGCCUUUGUAUAUUUUGAAAAUGUAGAUGAUGCCAAGGAAGCUAAAGAACGUGCCAAUGGAAUGGAGCUUGAUGGGCGUAGGAUCAGAGUUGAUUUCUCUAUAACAAAAAGACCACAUACGCCAACACCAGGAAUUUACAUGGGGAGACCUACCUAUGGCAGCUCUCGCCGUCGGGAUUACUAUGACAGAGGAUAUGAUCGGGGCUAUGAUGAUCGGGACUACUAUAGCAGAUCAUACAGAGGAGGCGGUGGCGGAGGAGGAGGAUGGAGAGCUGCUCAAGACAGGGAUCAGAUUUACAGAAGACGGUCACCUUCUCCUUACUAUAGUCGUGGAGGAUACAGAUCACGUUCCAGAUCUCGAUCGUACUCACCUCGUCGCUAUUAAAGCAUGAAGACUUUCUGAAACCUGCCCUAGAGCUGGGAUAUUGUUUGUGGACAAUAUUUUUUAUUGUCUCUUGUUUAAAAAGUGAACAGUGCCUAGUGAAGUUAGGUGACUUUUACACCUUUUAUGAUGACUACUUUUGGUGGAGUUGAAAUGCUGUUUUCAUUCUGCAUUUGUGUAGUUCGGUGCUUUGUUCAAAGUUAAGUGUUUUCAGAAAAGUAUGUUUUGCAUGUAUUUUUUUACAGUCUAAAUUUUGACUGCUGAGAAGUUUCUAUUGUACAAAACUUCAUUUAAAAGGUUUUUCUACUGAAUCCAGGGUACUCUGAAGAUCGAAGCCUGUGUAAAAUGCUACCAAAUGGCAAAAAGCAACAAUAAACAGUUUGAUUUUUACUUUUGUUUUUAACAUAUCAAUGCUUAGCAGAACUAUUCAGUUGUCAGUAGUAAAUUUAAAGACAAACGGCCCGUUUUCCUCCAGUUCAUGAAACAUACCAUACUUAUACCUGCAACUAAAUGUUAAAAAUUAUGCUUUGUAACUCUGUACUGCUAGUAUUAGAACUAAAAAUCUACAAUACAGCCAGUGCUUAAUGCUUAUAUAAAUGUGGAUUUGUCGGCUUUUAUGUAAUCUAAUAUGUAUAGCAGGAUAUACAAAGAGUUACACAGUGUAUGCCUUAAAAGGCUGUUUCUUAAAGCUGUCACAAGGGGGUGAUAGUAUUUCAACUAGUUAUCAGCAAGUGACGAUACAUUCCACCAUAAAUAUACUCUUGUUCUUCUAGCUUUUAGACUAUAUGAAAAAAACUGGGUGCUUUCAAAGUACAUGAUGAGAGAAGGGAACACUACACCUGUGUCAUGGAUGAACUGAAGACUGCCUGUUCAUUUUUUAAAUAUUAUUUUCAGGUCCUUUGCUUACCAAAGGAGGCCGAAUUCCACUCAAAUGUUUUGAGAACUGUGAUUAAAUAAACGCAAAUGAAAAAUG